AUGGCGAAAAAGUCAGCCGAAUCCGAUGAACGCACUUCAUCACAACCACCACGACCGACAUCCAAGCAAACAUCAAUUGCUCAAGCGUUAGAAAGUUGCACACCCUAUGACAAAUCUUCACGAAGGUAUGGUGAAAUAACAGAUGCCAUAACAAGAUACCUGGCUAAAGAUAUGGUGCCAAUUAACGCUGUCACAAAAGAUGGAUUCAAGCAUCUUAUCCUAACGAUCGAUAAAAGAUAUUGCAUUCCAUCUCGUACUUUCUUUACUCAAGCCAUCCAAAACCUGUACAAUACGUGCAGACAGAAGGUUGAAGCUGAGCUAAAAGAUGUCCAAUAUUACGCGACGACAACUGACAUGUGGUCGAGCAGGACGACCGAACCAUAUCAAAGUCUCACAGUUCAUUUCAUAUCUGAGGAUUUUGAAUUAAAGAGUCGUUGUUUACAAGCGUCAUACUUUCCCACUGAGCAUACCGGAGAAAACAUCGCUUCUGCUUUGAAAGAUGCACUAGCUAGCUGGUGUCUGAAUGAAGAUGGCCAGGUGUGCAUCACCACAGACAAUGCGGCCAACAUAAUAAGGGCAGUGGAAAUAAAUGGAUGGACCAGGCUGCAGUGCUUCGGUCAUAGACUCCAUCUUGCAAUCGAAAACGCACUGAAAGAUGACAGGGUGCAGCGAGCAGUAGGCAUUUGCAAGAGGCUGGUCAGUCAAUUCUCCUACAGCUGGAAGAAGAGAAUGGCAUUGACAGCAGCCCAAAAAGAGCUGAAUCUGCCUGAGCAUUCAUUGAUUACAGAGUGCCCCACAAGAUGGGGAACCAAGGAAAAAAUGAUUGCAAGGGUUCUGGAGCAGUGUAAAGCUUUGAAUCAUGUGUUGUCUGCAGACAAGAAAACAAGGCAUCUAACGCUGACAUGGCAAGACAUAGAGGUGUUAGAAUCCAUCCACAAAGCUCUGCAUCCACUUCAGGAGUUUACAGAUGUGCUUUCGGGAGAGGAGUAUGUUAGUGUCUCCUAUCUUAAGCCAGUUAUUCACCUUUUGAGAACAAAGACACUCGCUGAAGAUCAAGAUGACACUAAUCUGACAAGGGCAAUCAAAGACAAAGUCCUUCGGUACCUAAAGGAAAAAUAUGAUGACCCAUCCACUCAAGAACUUCUGGAUGUUACAUCAUUCUUAGAUCCUCGUUUCAAAAUAAAUUACAUCAGUCAAGACAACAUUUCAACCAUAAAAGACAGAAUGAUGACAGAGAUGGAAGAUGUUGCCAGAAAGGAGAAACGAUCACGUGUCUCAGAGUCGCAGGAUUUAGCAGCAGCCCCAUCUGUGAAAGCUAAGUCACUUGGAAGCUAUUUCAAGAUUUCUCCAGACGUGUCUCAGGAAGAACCUCCUAAUUUUCAUCAUGUGGUGGAAACAGAGCUAAACAGCUACUUAACUGCACCAGUAAUUGAUGGAGAAGAGAAUCCCUUGACCUGGUGGAAACAGCACCAGAUUAACUUUCCCAGGUUGAGCAGGUUGGCUUGUCGAUACUUGUGUGUUCCUGCCACAAGCACACCGUCGGAAAGACUCUUCAGUGCUGCAGGCAAUGUAGUAACAUGUCAGCGUUCAUGCCUCAAACCAGAGAGAGUGGAUAUGCUGCUCUUUUUGUCAAAAAAUCUUUAA